UCGGUUGAGAACGUGGCAUCCGUUACGACAUCAAGUCACAUGACCGCUCCUUUCUGCCAGACGGACUUACUGAGCUACUUGUGAGUGCCGUGAGGACUCUGAGGACAUCAGGAUGUCUAAGAAGCUGCUCCUGGUAGAUGUGGACUGCGGUGUAGAUGACGCUCAGGCUCUGAUGAUGGCUCUGGCAGCUCCAGAGGUUGAGAUCCUGGGGAUCACGUGCUGUCACGGCAAUACCCUGGUAGACCAUGUCUGUGGAAAUGUGCUCCGCGUCCUGCAGGUCUGCGACAGGCUCCAGAUCCCCGUGUACAGAGGGGCGAGCGGGCCACUGUUGGGCGAGGCACAUUCCAUUAAUGCGUCCCAUUAUCACGGCAAAGAUGGCUUGGGAGAUGUGCCUGACCCUGCUGCUCCAGGACUCGACUGCUUGCAAAAGGAGCACGCGGUUCUGGCAAUGCUGAGAAUAGCCAACGAGUAUUCCGGACAGGUAUCCUUGGUUGCAACCGGGCCUCUGACUAACCUGGCAUUAGCCGUGAAUAUGGACCCAACUUUUCCACAGAAGAUUAAAAGUCUCUUUAUCAUGGGUGGCAACAUGGAAUCCAGGGGAAAUACUACAGUGUGUGGGGAAUUCAACUUUGCAUGUGAUCCAGAAGCAGCCUACAUCGUGCUGAAUGCCUUUGAGUGUCCGACUUACAUCGCGACAUGGGAAUUCACUUGUCAGAACUGCCUUUCAUGGGCCUUCCAUAAAGAAUGCAUUCAUCAGGAUACCAAAAAGGCAGAGUUCAUGAGAAAGAUCUAUGCUCAUGCUGCAGAAUUUACCGAACGCUGCUCUGAUGACCUCGGGGAGGACUGGGGUAAAGGUUUUGUGUCUUGUGACUCAUACGCCAUGGCCGCUGCUAUAGACGAGAGCUUUGUUACAAAUGCUAUGACGUGUGCAGUGAGUGUGGAGCUGAGUGGGACCUACACCCGAGGAAUGAUGGUACUGGACACUAUAGGAAAACUAAACAAGAAGCAGAAAGCUUCCGUCAUGACUAAAUGUGAUAUGGAGAAGUUCAAACGCUUCAUGAUGGCUGCACUGAAAUAACAAAAGUGACAUUCUUUUACAUAAAACCUCAAACAAGGAAAGAAA